UGAUGAAUUUAAUGAGCAUUUCAACAACAUAGUCACCACCCUAAUGAAUAAUUUACCCAUAACAACUGCAGAUUUUUCACAUAUGGAAACCAUUAAUAAAUCCUUUUAUCUAAAACCUACAACAUCUACAGAAAUUGAAAACCUAGUCAAAUCAAUAAAAAACAAAUUUAGCAGCGGAGAAGACGAAAUUCCCAUAAUUAUAAUUAAGUUAGCAUUACCAGCUGUCAGUGAAAUAUUGUCUGUCAUCGUCAACAACUCCUUCAAAUAUGGCAUCUUUCCCGAAUCACUGAAACUCGCAUCAAUAAAACCAUUAUUUAAGAAUGGAAAACCAGAAGAUAUAAACAACUACAGACCUAUAAGUUUAUUACCAGGAUUUUCAAGAAUUUUUGAAAUGUUGAUGUCAUUGAGGCUGAUGAAUUUUUUUGUUAAGAAUGAGAUAUUCACCGACGCCCAGCAUGGUUACCUUCGAGGACGCUCAACUCAAACAGCAAUUUUUUGAUUUGUCCAAAGCAUACGACUCAAUAGAUACAAUAUAUCUCUUACAAAAACUUGAAUGUUAUGGUGUAAGAGGAAAUGCAAACAAAUGGUUGAAAUCAUUUGUAACUAACAGGAAACAGAGAGUAACUAUCACUCAAAAUAAUGUAAUUGCCAAGUCUAAAAUAUUAACUCGCUCUACAGGAAUUGACCAAGGAAGUACACUCGGAGGUAUUUUGUUCAUUAUAUAUCUUAAUGAUCUAGGAGUAUUAUUGCUAAAAAUUCAAGAAUUUGUUGUUAAUUAUGUUGAUGAUACCAGUUUAUUAGUAAGUGAUGUAAAUUUCGAAGAACUAACAAGGAAAGCUGGUCAAUUAUUUUUUAAGUCCAAGACAUGGUUUGACCAAAAUAAAUUAAUAUUAAAUGAAAGUAAAUCAAAAGCUAUUCUAUUUGAUACAAGCAGAUCACAAAAAGAAAAAUCAAAUAUUAUAAGUUGGCCAGGGUACAGUUUUCAGCUAUCAGAUUGUGUAAAAUUUCUGGGAGUACACAUUGACCAAUUUCUUAAUUGGCGUCAACACACUGAGAUCCUGUCAAUUAAAUUAAGUAGAAUAUGUUUUGCAUUGAGAUCCAUCACUAGAUACAUGAAUGAAAGAACUUUAAAAAUAGUUUAUUUUGGGAAUUUUGAAUCAAAUUACAAUUAUGGAAUAAUAUUUUGGGGAAAUAAUGAAAAUUUAAAUAAAAUAUUUUUGAUACAAAAAAGGGCUUUCCGCAUAGUUUUUAAGUUAAAUUUUAGGGAAUCUUGUAGGGGAAAAUUUAGGGAUAAGAAUAUUUUCACAGUCUUUGGUCUAUAUUUGUUCGAAUGUUUGUUGUUUCUGCACAAAAAUAGGCACAAUUUUACAGAAGAGAAUUUAAAUUUAUAUAACACAAGAUCUUUAGACAUAAACUUUCCUGCACAUAGGUUAACAUUAACAGAGAAAUGUCCAUCUUACAUGAGUAUAAGAGCUUUCAAUAAGUUGCCUAAUCAAAUUAAAUGUAUAACAGAUUACAAACUAUUCAGGAAUAGAAUAAAGAAUUUAUUAGUAAUGUUAGAGCCAUAUAGUCUGGCAGAAUAUUUCGAAGGGGCGGUAUAAGGGCCUGUAAAUGUAUGACGUCAUUUCACUUAAAUU